AUGAAACUCUCUGUAAGCAUACUGACCUUGUCGCUGAGCACCCAUGCUCUGGCUUUCGAUUUCGCUCUAGCAGCUCCUAUCAGACACAGCGAGCGUGCGACACAUACGAUAACAAAGACCAUAUAUCACACGGAAGUGCGUAGACUAUCCACAAGCUUCAAGGACCACAAUGUUAGGAGCGAAAGCUUGGUGUCUGACUCCUCUGCAUCUAUCUCUGAUGAGGUCUUCGAGGCUAUGAACGGGGACACCGCGUCAUCGAUGGCAACAACAUUUCUCUGGCCGAGGGGGCUAGGAGGGCAGAAGCCCACAGUCUCGCAACUACCCGUUACUGGCGUACCUGUGAGUUUCAACGCGAGGCAAGUCGGAUUCGUACAUUUCGACGAUGAUACCAAACGCGACGAGACCCUUCAUCCCAGGCCAAACAUCGUAAAUAGAAGAAACACAGACCUCUACCACAUCAAGAUUGACCUCGCAUCUGAAGGCUACAUUUCAGUCUUUAUGUCCAAUAGCACAGCCUCUGCGUUCUGCAAAAGCGAGGUAGAGCUAGACUCAGAGGGUGGGCCAAAAGGAGAACUACAGCUAGCUGUUCGGAAUUCCACAAAGAUCGUGGCUAUACCUGUUCAUCAAGAAGCAGCUGAUAGCUUCUGUCACCACUUCAAGAACGCGGAGGGGAUUGACAGUCCAAUGAGUGGCAAAGCUCCCGGAAGCUCAACAGCAACAUCUUCGGUAUCAGAAGGCAAGACGUCGAACGUUACCCCCAGCGAGACAACGUCGGCGAGUGUGUCGAAGUCAUCCAAGCAUGCGUCUACGGUAGUCACCGCUUCGGAGACUAACACUAAUGACUCCGCAUCAGCAACAUCCGCGACCUCGACCGACAAGACCACAUCUUUUAACACAUUCGAUAUUACCCAUGAGAUCGAGACUUCGAAGUCCACAAAAUAUGUGCCCACGGAGGAAUCAGCCUCCGAAUCGGGAUCUGCUACCACUAAUGAAGGUGCAGGUAUGACAAUGUCUAAGACCUCCAAAGCGGACGACAGCAGCAGUGGAUCUGAGGCAACAAAGUCUUCAAAGCACAAGUCCACGUCUGUAACGGCUUCGGAAAGUGACUUGGCUACUUCGGAAUCGGCAACCGACGUGUCCAGCAAGCACAAGACCAAAUCUACAGCGAGCGGAGCCGACGAAGAUUCGUCAAAGACGGUCGAAGCUUCAGGUACACCAACGGUAUCAAAAGCUGCAUACGCCGAACCCUCUGAACCCGAAAAAAGCGCCUCACCUUCGACUAAGGCAGAGUCAAAGAUUCCUGAGGCUACUGAGACUGAGGAAAUGCCCAAGUCUGCAACAUCGGUCCAGGAGUAUGGAGGUCCAGCUAUAGACCCUGCAAACCCUGCUGACCUAGACACAUCCACGACGCCCAAGGCCACACCAGCCGCUGUUCCUGUUAGCACAACUACAGACGAGCUGUUCACUGAAGCAAGCAUAAACUCGUUUUACUCGUACAUAAAGAGCUUUGUAGAGACAGCUCCAGACCCACCAUCAACCGCGCACAUUGCUGAUCAGACUUCGAUCAUGACGACCGACUCUGUGAACGGGGCGGCACGACGCGGAAUACUAAUAGCGCCAACGCCGGCUCUAAUAGCUGUCAGAGAUGGAUCUCAUUCCCACUCGACGGGUAACAGUAUGACAUAUACUUCCGACUAUAGCUGGAAGGGUGCCGUCUCUACAGCUAUAGCUUCCACCACGGCGUCGAGCAACGCAGCGAUCGGUAGACUGAAACCACCUUCUUUACUCUGGCGUAUCUGGUACCCCGCGACUACCACCAAAGUCAUCCGCUCCAGAAGCUUCAGUGGGCCUGGUGAAGAGCCUGAGCAGGAAGACGAGGGGUUUUUCAAGAUCGAUGUGGAAGAUGAUGGGCCUACCAGGGUUAGUUCUGGUACUGAUGCAGUGGAAGAGGAGACGGCUGUUGCGACGAAGUUUGCGCAUAAGCAGGAGGAUAAAGAUGGGGAUGAUGAAGGUAUUGAUGUGAAGGAUGGGGGCGAGGAAGAGGAAGAAGAGCUACCGGCUGAUGAGGAGACGGUACCGGAUGAAGAAGCUGAGACUGAUGAAGGAGCGGCUGGAGAUGACGAUCCGCUUACGUCUACGAAGAGCAAGGCGUCACAUACCAAGACUGUGGUAGAUGAGGAAGAUGACAGCGCGCCGACCACCGAUACGUCUACGGAUGUUGAGGAGAAGGUCACGUCCACCAAGAAGAAACCUGCAGAUGAGGAUGAUGACGCCGAGCCAACUCAAACUGCAGCCGAUGACGACGAAGAGAAGGCGACAUCCACCAAGACAAAACCGGUAGAAGAUGACGACGAAGCUACAGCAACUGUCGCUUCAUCCAAAGAUGUCAAGGAAAAGACAUCGUCUUCAAAGACAAAACAUGCAGAGGAUGAGGAGGAAGCUGCACCUACCUCCAAAGCAACCAAUGACAGUCCACCCGAGGACGGCGACGCACCACUCAAUGAAGACGAUGAAGAGGCCGAAACCGACACAUCCGCUAACGACAUCUCCACAAGCACUUCCCACAAACCCAAAUCCACCAGACCCGCAACUUCCAACGCAGAUGACGACGCGGACGAGGAAUCUGCCACGACUUCCAAAUCUAAAUUUAUAUCCGCAACUUCCAACUCCAAUGACGACGCCGACGAGGAAUCUGCCACGACUUCAACCUCUAAGUCCAAAUCCACUCACAAAUCCAAAACAACAAUCCCCUCCCUCGCCUCAGGCGUCUCCUUCGCCUUCCCCUCCACCACCCCAAUAAACCCCACUCCCGUCCUUAACCCAAACGCCACACCACUCCCCACACCACUUCCCACACCCCCUCCUACCCCAACGGGAGUAGCGCCCAUGCCAACACAGCCCAUAAUCUGGGACCCAGACUGUCCCCAGAUAUCCACAUCCACUCUGACCGCACCCAACGGCGUUACUACAACCCUUCCAAUGGCCGUGGGACUGGGGUGUUGGCGCACGCUGGCUGGAAACGGUGGUGGAUGGAACGGAGGGAACGGAGGGAACGAGACGAGUGGAGCCAACGGACAUAUGAUCAAGAGUAAAGCGUGGAACAUCCUGAGUGAUGAGCAGAAUGUGAAGUUGGGGGUGGUGUGUUGGAUGAUCAUCGGAUUCAUUUUCUUCCAGUGGUUCAUAGGCCAACUACAAUUCCUCAACGGUGAAUGGCAUCUCGGCCGGAAAUUCGUGUGGUACAUCCUCGGUAUCGAGCUGCUGGGUAUAGGAAGGAGGUUAGUAGAACGAGCUGAGGAGGCGCAGAGGAAGUGGGAGAAAGCAGAGAGGGAGAGGGAGAGAGUUGAGAGACUUGCGAGAUUGGGGGGCUAG